GUCGAAGAUCCCUUGCCCCACCCGGACUUGCUGCUGAGAGCUGAAGCGGAGGAGCCGCCGCGCUCCUCAGUAUUUGGAUAUUCUGAACCACCUCCUUGAAGUCUACCCAUCCACGGUGCAUUCACACCACACCGCACUAGUCACCGCCCAAACCAGUCUCGAGAUGGCCAGCACUCUACGGCGACGAGUGUUCGGCAACGGCAACGACACACCUACCGAACCUUCACCCGCACAGACACCUCGCAACCAAAGCCCCGUCAGACCCGGCGAGAAAGUCAAGGUUGUCCACAAACGAAAGGAAACACGAAAGAGGAAGACAACGGGUAUUUUCUUUCUCGGGAGUUUGUUUGGUAUUAUUGCGGCCGGUUUCUUUGCAAAAAGCAAUGAUCUUAUUGGUUUCGAGUUUCCCGAGCUCGGGGACUUAAGUAUGGACAACUUGUUCGAGAUUCUUCCUGCAGGUUUUGUCAAGGAUAUGCGCGAGCUGGUGAAUGGCGAACGCGAUUUUCUCGAAAGCUACGAUGCCUUCUCUGUAGGCCUCAAGGUUCGCUCCGAAGGCCUAUCUUCACACCAUCCAAUGGUUCUAAUUCCCGGUGUUAUUUCGACUGGUCUCGAGUCCUGGGGAACGUCUAAUGAAUCGCUACCUUAUUUUCGGAAACGGCUUUGGGGCAGUUGGAGCAUGAUGAGGGCAUUGGUCAUGGACAAGGAGAAUUGGAAGAGGCACAUCAUGUUGGACCAUACAACUGGGCUGGACCCACCGGGGAUUAAACUGAGGGCGGCACAAGGCUUCGACGCGACUGACUUCUUUAUUACUGGGUAUUGGAUUUGGAACAAGAUCAUCGAAAACCUAGCGUCCUUGGGUUAUGACCCGACCAACUCGUUCACGGCAGCGUACGACUGGCGGCUAGCGUACCCGAACUUGGAGAAGAGAGACCAGUACUUCUCUAGACUGAAAGCCCAUAUUGAGAUGGCCGUCAAGCUGGAUAACAAGAAGGUUGUCCUCACAUCACACAGCAUGGGCAGCCAAGUGGUCUUCUACUUUUUCCACUGGGUAGCUUCUGAGCAGGGCGGUGGAGGUGGUGACGACUGGGUGGAGAGGCAUGUUGACUCAUGGAUCAACGUCAGUGGAUGCAUGCUUGGGGCCGUCAAGGAUGUCGCAGCGAUAUUAUCGGGCGAGAUGCGUGACACGGCGCAACUGAAUGCUUUCGCAGUGUAUGGACUGGAGAAGUUUCUUAGCAAAGAGGAGAGAGCCGAGAUAUUCCGUGCCAUGCCUGGCAUGUCCUCAAUGUUGCCAAUGGGAGGCAAUGCCAUUUGGGGAGAUCUUGAUGGGGCACCUGAUGACCAGCCCGGUCAAGCAGUGAGCUUUGGUUCAUUCCUCAACUUUCGAACCACCCAGAACUGGACGAUACCAAAGACAAACUUUACGGUAGACGAUGCAAUGCAAUACCUAUACGACACGACUGAUGAUUGGUAUCGGGAUUCGGUCAAAAGAAGUUAUUCCCAGGGCGUGGCACACACUAUGAAGGAGGUCACAGCCAACGAACUUGAUCCCAGGAAAUGGAUCAACCCUCUCGAAACCCGUCUGCCUCUCGCCCCUAGCCUCAAGGUGUACUGUUUCUAUGGCGUAGGGAAGCCCACCGAACGGGCCUACUACUACCGCUCUCCCGAGCUUGGAGCUCUCACUAACUUGAACAUGACCAUUGACACUGCCCUCAUCCAAGGCGAUGUCGAUCACGGCGUUGUCAUGGGUGAAGGAGAUGGGACAGUAAACUUGAUGAGUACCGGGUAUAUGUGCAACAAGGGGUGGAAUAUGAAGCGGUACAACCCAGCUGGUGCGAAAGUGACUGUGGUGGAGAUGCCACACGAACCUGAAAGGUUCAAUCCUCGUGGCGGACCCAAUACGGCGGAUCACGUUGACAUUUUGGGGAGGUCCAACCUCAACGAGCUCAUCCUGAGAAUUGCGGCUGGCAAGGGCGGGGAAAUUCAGGAUUAUGUGGUCAGCAACAUCCGAGAGUAUGCGGAACGGGCCAAAAUAUACGAGGAAGAAUAGCAGUUGUGUUUGUAUGAUGAUGGGGGGAGGGUUCAUGACAUGAUAGAUCUGGGUAUUUUCAUGGUUGGGGGCGUUCAAAGGACGUGUUGGUUUUUUGCAUAAUUUGGCGACUGUUGUCUAUCGUUUCAGUUGAUACGCUGAUUGAAGAUUAAUGUGUUGCGGAGAUACAUGGAGCAGGUUAGAUAGGCUUAGAACAGGAAGAAUACCUAACGAUAUGAUUGAU